AUGAUGACGAAGCCAAUCGAAGUCCGGUGGUACUACCAUGGCCCGGACAACGAGAUUUAUGGGCCAUAUGCAGCUAAAGAGAUGAUGAUGUGGACUCAGUCGGGAUAUUUCAACGACUCUCUACUAAUUCGUACUGAACAUGAAGAACGAUUUCACACUCUCGGCGAAUGGACUCGAGUUUGUGGUGGCAAG